AUUCAUAUAAAUAUCACUACAUUUUGCUGGCUCAAGUAAAGAACGCGGUGCUGUGUUUCGAAGGUAAAAAUAUGAAGAAACGACGGCCGCGUGCAAAAAAUUCUCUGCAAAACUAUUCUCGUAUGCAUGAACGUUUUCCGACCAAAGCAAAGAGCAUUCACGAUUCGAAAGGACAAAGUUUUAAACAAAGCUAUUCUAAGCUUCAGCAAAACGAUGAAUAUUGCGAUAAUACAUCAUGCCUAAAGAAAAACGCAUUUGGUUCGUUGGAAUCUCUCUUCGACUUGAAGAAACCAUUGAAUUUAAGUGAUGUAUUUCCUUUAGCAUUCCGUUACCAUAAGCAACAAUUAAUCAAAACAUCCAAUGCUACAAAAUCAGAACCAUUCGUAAAAGUAUUAUUUCUGCAAUCUUUUUCAUCACAGACAAAUCUUGAGCCGUUUGUUUUCAAAGCGAAAUAUGGCUGAAAACAAGAUACCGGACAGCGAAGUACAAGAAGAGGAAGAAAAGAAAGCUACAAUUGAAGAUACUAUCGUAGACGAAGGAUCUGCUGCGAUAGAAGAUCUUAAAGAACAUCAAAUUGAAACUAAAAAAAAGAAUAAUGAUGAGGAUGAGCGAGAAGAUGAAGCUAAGGAUAAAGAUAAAAAUGAAACUACAGAAGAUAAAACUAAUGACAAAGAUGAAGUUGAGAAAAAUAAAACUGAUGACAAAAACGAAAUUGAAGGAACUAAAACUGAUGACAAAAAUAAAAUUGAAGGAAUUAAAAUUGAUGAAAUCAAAAUUAAAGAAGAUAAAGCUGAUGACAAAAUUGAAAACAAUGAUGAAGUGACAAAAUCUGAGGAAAUUGUAAAGCCGAUAAUAAAUGCACUUGUUAAAACUGAUGAUAUAAUCAUAGAAGUAAAAGUAAUGAAUGAGAGAUUUAUUAUGUUAACGGAUGAAGUCAAACAAUUAAAGCGUGAAGUUUUUGAAUUGUCAGAGAAACCUGAAUUAACAGAAGAAGAUAAGCUUGCGUUUCAAGAGAAACAAAACAUUCUUACUUCAAAAGUAGCGGAACUAGAACAAUUGACACAAAAAAUUCAAAAAGCGCGAGAGAAAGUAGAACGGCUUCGUAAAGUGGAAAAAGAAACUGAGAUAAGAAAAAGAGACAUAGAACCAUUCAAAAAAAUUUUAGAAGAAGAUCACUUCGAGAUACCGCAAAUGCAAUAUCCUGAAGAUAAACUUCCAAGAAUAAUUGUUUGCGGUUAUACGGACGUGCUUCCAAAACUCGUAGUAGCGGAUACCGAACGGAAAGGAAAGGAAAAGUGUUUUGAAAAAUUAACCGGCAAACUAACCGAGUCUUUAACGAUGCAGGAAAAAUUGGUCAAAGAAAAUGCGCAACUGGAAGGUGGAAAGUACAAACUAGAAGAAGCAUUGCUAGAAAAAGAUACAGCUCUCGAAAGUUUACAGAAGAAGGUAUGCAGUCUGCAAGCAGAAAUGCGUAUAAUUGUCAAAGAAAAUAUGGAGUUGAGUCGCCAAUUGGCUACUUUAAAUCAACUAGUGAUUAGACCUACUUGCUGUUACACCUGCCCAGGUGUUACUCCGUCUCCUCCAUCAACGUCACCGACGUUAUCUUCGCGUCCGCAUGUCAACGCGCAACCUCGAGACGACAUUUACUGCCGAUGCAAAUGCUGUUUGCGAUCAUCGUACACUGACACUUUAUCACCAACUACGGAAACUGCAUGCAAUUCACCGAGGCUUACAGGAGGUGGAUCGCCAACAGAGGAACGUUACCUCGCAGAUAGCAACGAUUUGCAAAACGUAGAGAUGUGUUCCCGAGGUCCAGUCGUCGUUAAACCAUUGCUUCCUCGAGGAACGUGUCCUGCAGAAUUGGAAGAUAAACUUGCAACAUAUGGCAAUAGUACUAAACAAUUAGAACAGCAAUUAGGCAGUAUGGAGACUGAGGUACGUAACAUGCAGAUGGAAUUAGCAAAUGUGCAGCGAGAGCGACAACAAUUGGAACAGCAACGUAAAUUGCUCAAAUGCACAGGACCUUGUGCACCGUGCGCUUGUUGCCCACCUCUGACUUCGACAUGUAUGACACCCACGCCAGGACUUCCGUUAAUGGGUAUUUCAAAGGUACCUGCAGUGUCUGUACAGAUACCUACGAUUGCACAGGCUGCACCUCUAAUGUGCAGUGGUUCUUGUACAAACGCUACCAUGGGCACUAAUACUUGCGUUCAACAAUUACGCGAUCUUCGUGAACAAUACGCCCGGCUUCAAGAUGAUUAUAAAAAUAAGUUGUGUGAGGUAUCGUGUAUGAGGACAGAAGCAGAGAAAUUCAAGCAAGAUUUGCGCGAUGUAAAGGAAAAGAAGGAACGAAUAGAGAUAAAACUGAUAGACGUUCAAGAGCGAUUAAAAUUUCUAGAAACAGAAAAGAGAAAAUUUGAAGGUCAUAAGGAACAUCUCAUCGAACAGGAACAAGCUCUGAUGGUGGCGAAACAACGCUUUCGAGAAGCGCAAGAUGAAUUAGAAGAACUUCGUUCCUUGAUUCAAGAUCAAGCUGCUCAACUGGAAGAUUAUCGCAAUAAAUAUUUGCAAGCCCAGCAACAAGUUGAAGAACAGCGUAGACAAUUAGAUCUCAUGGAAAUGGACAAUGCACGAAUGAAUGAGAAUGUUACUUUGGAGAUCGGACGUGUUAAAAAUCAAUUUCAAGAGAAAUUAGCUGAGCUUGCACCGUUGCCAGAUAUUUUGAAACAAAUGCAAAUGAAGAUGCAGGAAGCGCAACAGAUGCGCUUAGUCGCUGAACGUAGCUGCGAGGAUUUGUCGCGAGAAUUGCUAGGGUGCAAAGAUAAGAUUCAAACUUUGCAAAAUCAAUUGGACGUAUUGCGCACCGAGCAUCAAACACUUCAGGAUGAAAGGGGACUUGGUUCCGGCAAGUCCGAAGAGAUGGAAAAAAAGUGUGGCGAGUUGCGACACGAAAACGAAAGAAUGAAAAACACAUUGGCACGAUUUGAGGAACAUGAAGCACAGUUGCAAAAACGUAUUGACGAGAAAAUGCAUGAAAACACGCAACUGUCAUCAAUGUUGGAACAGAUAAGGGAGGAUUCCGCUAGACAAGUAGCGAGAACAAAGGAGCGAUGUGAAACUAUGCGAAGAUCGAUGCAAGGCCAGAUUGCUGAAAUGGAAAGGCAAUUGGCACAGUGUAGAGCAACAGCACGUGCCGCCCAACGAGACAGAGAUGAGAUCAGACAAAAGAUGCAGAGUCAAAUAAAUAACUUAAACGAGGCAUUUAAACACGCGCAAGGCCGUAUGAAAUCGUUACAAGGUCAUGUAAACUAUCUCAAGACUUCUUAUAGUAAUAUCUUUCUCGGACAAGGAGAAGCACCGACAAGUGCUUUGCCAAUAGACGAUUCUUGCGAUUGCAACUAUUAAAUGCACAUGAUUUUUCAAUAAUAAUGCUAUAUAUUUAUGUUCGUGUAUAUAUAUAUAUAUAUAGCGAAAUUAAAAUAUAUUACUCGACGUCACACA